AUAAGGAGACGUAUCUAAUGGAUUGUCUUAGAAACAUCCUUCUUUUGUCUUGUCUUUUCACUUCUGUCUACGCCGCCACCGUCUCUCACGACAGCCGAGCCAUCACCAUUGAUGGCAAACGUCGAAUUCUUCUCUCCGGUUCGAUUCAUUACCCAAGAAGCACGGUCGAGAUGUGGCCGGAUCUCAUAAGGAAAGGUAAAGAAGGGGGACUCGACGCGAUCGAGACAUACGUGUUUUGGAAUGCCCACGAGCCAAUUCGUCGUCAGUACGAUUUUUCGGGGAAUUUAGACUUGAUCCGAUUCAUAAAAAAUAUUCAGAGUGAAGGAUUAUACGCAGUUUUGCGAAUUGGACCGUAUGCCUGUGCCGAAUGGAACUACGGAGGGUUCCCAGUGUGGUUACACAAUUUGCCCGGAGUCCAAAUGAGGACUAACAACAGUAUCUUCAUGUAUGAGAUGCAUACUUUCACAACUCUCAUAGUAGACAUGAUGAGGAAGGAGAAUCUCUUUGCAUCACAAGGAGGUCCCAUUAUCCUUGCCCAGAUAGAAAAUGAGUAUGGGAAUGUAAUGGGACCAUAUGGAGCAGCUGGGAAAGAAUAUAUAAAUUGGUGUGCCAAUAUGGCUCAGUCACUUAACAUUGGUGUCCCGUGGAUUAUGUGCCAACAAGACGAUGCCCCACAACCCAUGCUAAACACGUGCAAUGGAUUCUACUGCCAUGACUUCAGACCCAAUAACCCUAACACUCCUAAGAUGUGGACCGAAAACUGGACCGGCUGGUUCAAGAGCUGGGGAGGGAAAGAUCCGUACAGAACCGCAGAAGAUCUUGCUUUUGCUGUCGCAAGAUUCUUCCAGAAAGGAGGGAGUUUCCAGAACUAUUACAUGUUCCAUGGAGGUACCAACUUUGGCAGAACAACAGGGGGUCCGUACAUCACGACCACGUACGAUUACAAUGCUCCUCUUGACGAAUACGGAAACUUGAACCAACCGAAAUACGGGCACUUGAAGCAACUCCACGACGUGCUUCACUCCAUGGAGACAACACUCACCCAAGGCGAAGUCUCCAACGUUGACUUUGGGAACUCAGUCUCUGCAACUACUUACGCAACCAAGGAAGCAUCGAGCUGCUUCUUCAGCAACGCAAACACUUCUUCUGAUGCUACAAUAAACGUACAAGGCAGAAACUACACAAUCCCAGCUUGGUCCGUCACUGUUCUUCCAGAUUGCAAAACCGAAACUUAUAACACAGCCAAGGUGAACGCUCAGACAUCGGUGAUGGAGAAGAAAGGGAAAGAUAAAGCGAAGAAGAUGAGAUGGUCAUGGAGAUUAGAGGAUGUGGAGGAGAUGGUGAUGAAGGGAAGGGGAGAUGCUACGUUCAGCAAGCUCGUGGAUCAGAAGGAGAUGGCGGAUGAUCAGAGUGAUUAUCUCUGGUACAUGACUAAGGUCAAUCUCGACCAAAACGAUCCCGUUUUGGGCAACAACUCGUCUCUCCGUAUCAACUGCACUGCCCACGUCCUUCAUGUCUAUGUCAAUGGAGAACACGUCGGCUCUCAAUGGGCUAAAGAUGGAAAAUUCAACUAUGUUUUCGAGCCAACAGUUAAAUUUAUCCCCGGAGUUAACAUUAUUAGUUUGCUUAGCGUCACUGUCGGGUUCCAGAACUAUGGAUCUUUCUUUGAUCUGGCACCAGCUGGAAUAACGGGAUCUGUUCAAAUUGUCGGAAGAAACGGAGCAGGAGCAGAGACCGCUGUCAAGGACUUGUCUACUCAGGCUUGGACUUACAAGACAGGUUUGAAUGGCUUCAAGAACCAGUUUUUCAGGUCGGAUAGAUCAUCUUCUGGAUGGUCAAAGAGCAAUGUCCCGACAAACAGAAUGAUGACAUGGUACAAGACAAGUUUCAAGGCUCCUUAUGGAACCGAACCAGUUGUCGUGGAUCUUCAAGGGCUCGGAAAAGGGACCGCUUGGAUCAACGGUAAUAACAUCGGACGUUACUGGCCGAGCUUUCUCGCCGGCCAAGACGGAUGUUCCGAGGUUUGUGAUUACAGAGGCUCAUAUGGCAGUGAGAAGUGUCGGUCCAACUGCGGUCAACCCACUCAAAGAUGGUACCAUGUUCCUCGUUCUUUCUUCAACCCAAAAGGGAAAAACACAUUGGUUUUGUUCGAAGAGAUGGGAGGUAACCCUUCACUCGUAAGAUUUCAGACAGUUGCAGUCACGACCGUAUGCGCAAACGUAUACGAGAACAACGUUCUAGAACUUUCUUGCAACGGGAAAAGAAUCUCCGAGAUCAAAUUCGCCAGCUUUGGAAAUCCACGUGGCGAAUGCGGAUCCUUCAACAAGGAUACUUGCGACGCAAGCAACGACGCUGUGGCCGUUCUGACAAAGGAAUGUGUUGGAAAAGAGAGAUGUUCGGUCAAUGUGUCGGAGGUUAAGUUUGGAGCAUCUAAUUGUGGAGGCGCUGCGAACAGACUUGCUGUUGAAGCUGUUUGUACGAUUUAAAAAAAAAAAUUGUACAUUUGUAUAAAUUUGUUGUUGUAACCAAAGCUAUCGUUUUGGUUAUUUAUUUCUAU